GGGAAAAAAGGGAAAAGAGAGGGAAAAGAAAGAGGAAGAAAGAGGGAGGAAAAGAAAAAGGAGGGAGAAAGAAGAAAAAGGAAGGGGGGGGGAGAAAAGGGAAGAGAAGGGAAAAAGGGAGAGAGAAGGGGGAAGGGGAAAAAAAAGAAGGAAAAGGGGGAAGAAGGGGGAAAAGGGAAGAGAAGAAGGAAGGGGGGGGAAGAAAGGGAGAAAGAGAAAAGAAGGGGAGAGAAGAAGGAGAGAAGGGAGAGAAAGGGAAAAAAAGAGAAGAGGGAGAAGGAAAGGGGGGAGGAGAGGGGAAGGGGGGAAGGAGGGGGGGAAAAAAAGGAGGGGGAGAAAAAAGAAGAAGGGGGAGAAAGAAAAGGGAAGGAGAAGAAGGGAAGAAAAAGGAAAAGAGGGAAAGGGAAGGAGGGAAGGGAAAGAGGGGGGGGAAAAAGAAGGGAAAAAGGGGAAAAAAAAAUAGAAGGAGGAGAAAUGGAGGACGGCGGUUACGGAGUCUCUGCACAUCAGACGGCGUGGACGGUAUGGCGGAAAUGCGACCACGGUGGACCACGCCCGGUGAGCGGUGUUAGCUGCUUGGCCGCAUCGAUUCCUAAG